AUCCUUAAGCUGUGACCCCUUGUCCUGGACUUCCCCAACAUCGAGAACAAUUUUCCUGCAUCUAGCCUGUCCAACCCCUUAAGAAUUUUGUAAGUUUCUAUAAGAUCCCCUCUCAAUCUCCUAAAUUCUAGAGAGUAUAAACCAUGUCUAUCCAGUCUUUCUUCAUAAGACAGUCCUGACAUCCCAGGAAUCAGUCUGGUGAACCUUCUCUGCACUCCCUUUAUGGCAAUAAUGUCCUUCCUCAGAUUUGGAGACCAAAACUGUACUAAUACUCCAGGUGUGGUCUCACCAAGACCCUGUGCAACUGCAGUAGAACCACCCUGCUCCUAUACUCAAAUCCUUUUGCAAUGAAAGCUAACAUACCAUUCGCUUUCUUUACUGCCAAGUCGAAAGCCAGUCACCGCAGUGACAUCCGCUGGGCCCAUUCUUAUCUGAUUAACCUCUUCAACUUCCUAAAUAAACAUGUAAGAGAGCAGCGAACUAUUCAAUUUACAUUAAAAAAAACCUUAUUCCAUCAAGUGUCAGUUUAGUUUAGUUUUGAAAUAAAGUGCGGAAACAGGCCCUUCGGCCCACCGAAUCCACGCCGACCAGCGAUCUCCGCAUACUAACACUAUCCUACACACCAGGGUAUGUGUUGUGAUUUCCUUGGCCAGCACGCAAAACAACAUGUUUCACAGUUUGUCCAUUCUCGUGACAAUAAUAAAUCGUAACCAAUAAACCGUGAGUUAAUUUUAUUGCUGAUAUCUCCAUCGCUGCCAUUAAUCACCCGCCCAGUUUUGUUGAUCUCGUGACAAACGCCCCUUUGGCCAGGAUGUGGUCGAGGGUGGAGGCUCCAAGACGUGGUCGAAGAGGGAAGCUCCAGGGGGAGGGGCUCCAGCCCUCAUCUGCCCCACAACAACAGGGCGAGCGCUGCUACUUAAGGCGGGGAAAGGCAUUGGGGGGGAGCAGAGCUGUUGAAGGGAGGCAGUGGGGAGAGCUCUGACUUCGCGGAAAGCAGCAGGAAGGAGGCGACACAAAGUAUAUACGACACAAGGUAAAGGUUUAGCUGAAUGAUGGCGGGCAUGGCAGCGGCGCGGCGCAGACCACGGAGUCCCAGGAUCCAGGCCCAGUCAUGGAGAACAGCGCGGAACUGCUUAGAGCUUCGGCGCAGCUAGCGGAGAACAUGGCGAAGGCAGGUGUAGCGAUGGGGCUGUUGCAGGAUGUAGCCAAGUUCGCUGCCACGGCCGGUGUGUUGUCGGGAAUCUUCCAGGUGGGCGGCGCCAUUCUGAAGCUGGUGAUGGGAAACCAGGACAGCCCGGAGCUGAAAUAUAUGAAGGAGCAGUUCCAGAUCGUCAGGAACAAACUGGAUGUGAUUUCUGAUCAGAUCGGGCAGGUGCUGUUGGAGAUCGAGAGGAGCACGAUCAACAACCAGUACUUCCCCAUCGAGGAGAACCUCAAGAACCAGUUCCGCAAAUACAUGGAGAUCCUGAGCUCAGCGCCCCAGUUUCGCGACAAGGAGCGAGACGAGUUCCUCGCACACUACGACGCUACCAAGGGCGACCAGAACCUGCACACGCUCUUCGACGCGGUCAUGGGCUUCUCCGCCGUCUUUGGGAAGCCCAUCCUGGAGACGGCCAUGAGCUACGACCAAAGGAACCGGCGCCUGAUGGAAGUCAUGUGUUGCCGGCUGAAGGAGCUCUUCUGCAUCGGUCUGAUCGCUCUCCUGGGCCACGCCGCCGUCACCGGCAACGACGUGGAGGCGUUGAAGAAAGAGUGGAACCAGAAACUGGCGCAAGUAGAAGCCAAAAUGAAAUCCAUGGUAGAUCAGUGCGUUAACGAGUUUGCGCAGCAGGCAGAGAUAGAUGUCGAGAAGAUGGUGAAGGACAAGGGGGAGAGAGAUAACGAGGAGUGCGUCGGCUUUAUCCUGGAGAGACUAAUGAAGAAAUACGACUGGGUCCGCUGGUCAGUGCGCGUCUAUAAUCCAAUCGGGGGCUUUGACUAUCACUGUGUUGAUGGCCCAAACCGCUUUCAUUUUUUCCGGCUCAAUAACGUCAACGUGGUUGUGUCCUACGCCAUUGACCCAAAGCCCAUAAACGAGGCGCAGAUCCGCCGGUUGAUGCAGGGCAGGGAUGGCUGGAGUGACGCCAGAAAAGUGGUCAACUUCAUCUCCGCCAACGUCCCGGGCAACUACAUGAUCCACGCGGUCAGGCGCUACAAUGGCCUGUGGCUGAACAAUAACUUCCCCGACAACUGCCACUUCUGGGAGAACUACAGUGGGGUCACCCUCUGUGUCCACUCCACAUGAUGGCCCCAGGGGAAAGCCGGUCCCUAUGGAAGUUAUAGAAGACUUAUUUAAGACAUUUAUCACAGUCAACUAUUUUACGUGAUCAGCUUAUUGUACUCAGACUCACGUGAUUGUUAGUUUUGCAGCGUUAAAUUUAUCUAGUAAUCAAUGCACUAAACCAGUUACUUAUUUUUACUUAUUUUUACUUUUGUGUAUCAAUAUUCUUAAUAAAUACAUGUGUAUCUUUGUGUGUAAACAUAAAUAAACCAAUAUGUAACAAUGUAAUAUGGUGUGGGAAGCCUUGGCUUGUGUAGCCUUGGCUUUAACUGAAACAUAAUGGCAGGACAAAGCUGGGACAUUAGAAGUUGAUUUUAAGGGUGGCGAGUGAGGGACGAGAUAUGACGGGAAAUGUAACGUUUAAUAAAACUGAACCAAGGUCCGAAGUAAAUGUGGCGAGACAGUGAAUACUAGAAUCAAAGACAGAUUGAUGCAAAGGGGUGCAGCAUGAAAUAUAGUGUAGCAGAGAUAAGGCUGAAAGAGUUUAAUAAAAGCUGCUUGUUUCUGUGAAUCGAAGAGCAAUUAGAUAACGGACAGGUGAUGUCAUCUCUGAAUGUUCCAGCUGAAUAUUUGCAAAUAAAGGCUUUCGGCUCCUUGAAGAA